UUUAUUUUAAUAAUUUUAACUACAAUCCUAUAAACCAUGUCCUCUAUUGAAAAGAACGAUAUUCAACACCUUGAGGUGGAAAUCCCUACUAGCACUGAUUCUAGCGAAUACCCAGUCGAGAGUAAAAGCAAUUCGAUCAAACAACAUCCUAUUCAAGCUCAAGUUGCCAAAUUGAAUCCCGCUCCCAUUGGUUUUGCUGCCUUUGCUCUGUGCUCUUUUGUGCUUGGUUUGUAUAACACCGGACUCGUUACCGACUUACCUCAGGUCGCUGUUGGUGUUGCUUUUGGUUAUGGCGCUAUGGGACAAUUUGUUUGUGGUAUUUGUGAAUUGGUGAUCGGUAAUAUUUUUGCUGCCACAACUAUGUUGACAUUUUCUGGAUUUUUCUUGACUUUUGGUAUUAUGAUGAUUCCCAGCUCUGGAUUUCUUACACUUGCUAUGGCCAAUGGCGGACUUGAGGCUGUGCACAUUUGUAUGGGGCUUGUCCAAGUCGGUUAUGCCAUUGCAUCUUUCCUCUUCUUACUCGGCACUCUCCGCCAACCCAUUUUAAUUCGUCUUGUACUCCUUCAAGUCUUCCUUGCUUUCUUGACCGGCGGUAUUGGUGGAUUAACUCAGAUCACAAAUUUCACUCUUGCAUCCGGUUGGAUCUCCUUCACUUUGUCCUUAACAGCUUGGUAUGUCAUGGCCGCUAUGCUUUUCACUCCCGAGAACACCAUGAUCAAGCUCCCCUUCUUUUAAUUGUACUUUCUAUUUUUUAUCGUCUUUUACUAUAUACCACUUUCCAUUUAAUAUUAUUAUCAUGCUGUCUCCUUUCUUUAUCGUUUACGGCCCCAGAGCCCAAUGAAUUUUUUUUAAAUAAAGCUUUGUAUUCACUACUAA